AAUUUGUUACAUGAAUGCUCUGAGAAAUGUGGUUUGAGGUUAAUUUUUUUAAAGAGGAAACCUAAUUGUUUAUAAAAAAGUUUAAUAAUAAUAAGUUAAUAAUUGGUUGAUAUUAUGGAUUUUGCAAGAAAACAAAUGGAAAAGUAUGGAUGGAAAGAAGGACAAGGUCUUGGCAAAAAUGAAGAUGGAAUUACCAAACCAAUAAAAGCUAGCCUCAAAUUCGAUAAUACUGGUAUUGGACAUGAUCCUGGAGCAGAAUUCACAAACAAUUGGUGGGAAACCGUAUUCAACAAGGCUUCCAAAAAUAUUGAUGUAAACAUCGAAAACAAUUGUGUCAACAUUAAACGAAAAUCUGAAUCUAUUGAAAUAACCACAAGAAAUUAUUCUAUAAAAAAAGAUGAUAAGGAUAGCUUGUAUGGAUCGUUUUUGAGAACUUCAAAACUCACAAGUAAAGGUAUUGAAGACUAUGAUAGGGCACCAAUAGUAGAAGAGAAACCCAAAAAAAAGUUCGAAUCUAUGACUGAUGAGGAGUUAUUCGCAGCUUGUGGUGGGAGGACAGCACAUAAAGGUGCAAGACACGGACUGAAUCUUAGUGGAAAACUAGCAAGAAUAGAAAGACAAGAAAAAAUGUUACUGAAGAAAAUGAAAGGGUGCUCUAUUGAUGAUGAUAGUAAAAUUUUGAAAAAAAUGAGAAAACUGAAAUCAAAUAAAGAGAUAAUAGAAAAUGAGGACACAAAUGAUAGCAUCGAACCCUACAGUGAUUCAUCUUCCAGUUCAGUCAAGAAAAAAAAGAAAAAAGGAAGAAAAAGUGUUUCUUUCAAUGAUACAGUCUUAGAAUAUCAGAUACCAAGAGCUGAAGGUAGUUCUCCUAAUGAUGAUGACAAUCCUAAUAUCAUUGGUGAAAGUGAAACAUUGAAUUCUGAUGAAGGAAUUGAAAAAGAUAUUGAGGAUACCAAAAAUCAAGAUUAUGGCCAUAAAAGCUUCGAAGAACCACAAUUUAUAGUCAGUGAUUUGUCAAGUGUGGAAAAGAAAAAAUUGAAGAAGAAAAGGAAACUAGAAGGAAAGCAACGGGCAACUAUGAAAUUCAUUCAAGCUGUAAAAGAUGAAAUGAUGGAAGAGGUUCCACCAACGCCUGAGUGCAAAAAAAGGAAACUAAAUAUAGCAGACGCCAAAUUUUCAGAUUGUAAAAGGACUCAAUCAGAAGUGGAACCAUCUGAAUGUCUAAAUAUCAAACAGGAAAAGAAAAAGAAACAUAAGAAGAGUAAAAAGUCAAAAAGUCCUGAAGAGCAAAAAAUGAAGCAUAUAUCCUUAUCUCUACAGAAUGUUUGUAAAAUAUCUGAAGAAAAUUGAUUCCUGGAGAGCUUUAUAUUUUUCAAAUGCCUAAAUGUACACUAUACUGAACACUCCCAUUUGUAGCAAAUAAGGAACUUGCCUUAAAAUUCACAAAAGAUUUACAUUUUGAGACAACAGUUGAAAAAUCUGUUUGCAAUAAUAUAGAGAGUAAGUUCUCCCAGAUUUAUACUCUUGAAUAAAAUUCUCUAUUUUUUCUUUUAAGAAUGGGUUAUAUGUCAUAAGUUACAUUGUUAUUUGAGUUGUAAUAGUUUGUUAUAUUUUUUGUAAAUAUUUAGUUUAGCAGUUUAUUUGUCAUUGUUUAUAAUAUUUAAGAAAUGAAAUCAGGAAGAGUGAAAUAUUUCAUAGCCUAUCUCUUUGAUACAAAUAAAUAUUAAAUAAAUGAA